GAAGUGCGAGCAGCAUGGUGCCCGGCAGCCGGGACCAUAUCGCGGUGCCAGGCAGCACGGAGGGCAUAAGGGAAAGCAUGAUUCCCGGCAGCCGGGAGCGCAUGAUCCCCGGCAGCCACACCUCCUACCACAGCGCCUACUCGACGCUGCGCAGGGACGUCCCGCCGAGGAGCGACAACAGCAUCUCGACGUCUCUGCCGCACCUCGGGGGUGGCGACUUUAUCCCCACAGCGAGCAGCCUGUCCAGCACCCACAGCCACAACGUGUACGCGUCCCCGGCCGUGUCGCUGCCGAACUCUCAGAACCUUGGUGGAUAUCCUGG